AGCGUGAGAGAGACUGUGCUGCCAAACUGUCGAUCGAUUUUCGAGAAUUACGAUCUUACGACGUUAUUGCGUCGCAUGUUAUUAAUCAUACGUCGAGUUGUGUGUGAUUGCCAGUUAUUGCAUGAAAUCUACUACUGGCAGUCUGUUGUUUCAUUAAUUAUUCGACUGAAAAACUAAUGUGAUUUGUAUUGUUGUGUACUUCAACUUUUUCAGUGUAUACGCGUGAAGUAUUUAUUGUAAACAUUUCUUUAAUAGGUAACUUUCGUGCGUGGUGAAUUUUCGACGUUUAAAGUACGUUUGGGGCGACUUUCACGAGGAUGCAAUGAACGAUUAAAGAGGGUGCUGAAUUUGAAUAUAAACGAGCUUCGAUUUGAUUGUUAAGCAUGUUUGGGCAAACUGGAAAUACGUCGUUCAGUGGUUUUAAUACGGCGCAGCAGACAAGUCCAUUUGGGCAGUCUGCAUUUGGUAAACCAAUCGCUACAACAAGUUUUGGUAGCGGGACUACGCCAGUCUUUGGCAGUGGUAAUACUUCUCUCUUCAGUUCAAAGCCUGCAGGUUCUACCGCAGGUGGCUUAUUUGGAAAUACUACAACACCACCUGCAUUUACUCAACCAUCUUUUGGAGGUUUUGGUACAACGAACACGAAUACCAAUUUAUUUGGAAAUCAACAAAAUGCCAGUACAAGUUUGUUCGGAGCAACCACAGGAACAUCAGCAUUCGGACAAUCCAAUAAACCGGGUGGUUUUAGCUUUGGUGCAUCAACUGGAACAAAUUUAUUUGGACAACCACAACAAACUACACAACAGACCACUCCUUUUGGACAGACCAAUAGUACCGGAAAUACAAAUUUGUUUGGCUCAACACCUGGCUUUGGCAGUACAAAUACCACCAAUACUGGUGUGAUUGGCACUGUUGUUAAAUUUACUCCUGUCAUUACAACCGAUUCUAUGUCGAAAAAUGGAAUAUCUCAUAGUAUAUCAGCGAGGCACUGUUGCAUCGUGGCAAUGAAAGAAUACGAAUCGAAAUCAUAUGAAGAAUUACGUUUUGAGGAUUAUUCCGUAGGACGCAAAGGACCCAGUACAGGUUUAUUUGGUACACCUGCACAACCUUCUCCUUUUGUCAAUGCAGGGGCAGGAACUAGUACUGCAACAACGGGUUUUGGUGGAAUGAGUGGCGGUUUUGGAACCACUACACAAUCUGGAUCGAGCGGUCCUUUCGGAAAACCCAUGACAAGUUUCGGGACACCGUCGACUACAACUACGAACAGCUUUGCGUUUAAUUCUACUGCGAACACAAAUUUGUUUGGUAGUAACAAUCAGGCUAAACCAUUCGGUACAGCUGCGCCAACACCGCUCUUUGCAACAAGCAAUACUAAUCAAACUGCUGGUACAGGUUUCGGUGGUAUUAAUACAGCUCAAAAUACUGGCUUUGGACCUACAUUUGGAUCGACACAACCAAAUCAGAGUAUUGGUUUAUUUAACCAAAACAAAUCUGCUUUUAAUGUGCCGUCUACAUCGUCUAGUACUGCAUUCACCAGUUUUGGUCAGACACCUUCUGGCAAUACAGGUUCAACUUUAUUUGGCACUAAAUCCACUGGAACAACAGGUUUCGGAUCUGCAUCCACAUUUGGUGCGACUACAGCAACGACUUUUGGAGCUACAACAGGUUUCACUGCUGGUCAAAACUCUGGUACUUCAUUAUUUAAUACAUGUUUUAAACCUGCAGGACAGACGUCUGGAUUCUCGUUUGGUUCAACUUCUGCACCUUCGACUGGACUGGGUGCAAAUACGGGUUUGACUCUGGGUAGUGGUUCUACUUUAUUUGGACAACAAAAACCAGGUGGUUUAUUCGGUAAUACUGGUAGCAAUGCAACAUUCAAUCCUUCCUCAUCAUUUGGAUCAUCAACUUUUGGAACUAAUUCAAAUGUGGGAACUGGCAUGGGAAUGGGUUUACUCGGUGCUGGCGUGUCGAACAAUCAAACGAAGAGUUCUGGAACCGUACCAGUACAUCAGCAGAUUUUGGCACUGGUAUCAGCACCAUUUGGGGACUCGCCAUUAUUAAAAAACCUUUUGCCAGCUUCUGGUAAAACUGAAGAACUGUUGAAACCUGCAAAUACGCCUUCAAAAAUAGCCAAUGGCAUUCAGUACAAGGUUACGGCUGAUAACAAAUCUCCGAAAAUCAAAGCUAAAGUGGUUACCCCAGCACAAUUAUCAAAGAAAUCGAUGUUCGAGGGCCUCGAGGAGGAGGAUCCACUCUCUGAAGCAUUUCAGCCCCGUCCAAAUGCAAAGCGUUUAGUGUUACGUCCGAAAUCUAUGAGUAAUUCGAUUGUAUCGUCACCAAUCGAAGUCGUGGGAAAGAAUUCGCAGUCCGUAGAGAAAGGAGAAAGUACAAUGAAUGGGCUAGAUAAUUCUGUUAAUAAUCGAUCCAUCGAGGCCAUAGAUAAAGAAAACCACAGUCAAGAUAAUAAUCGUCAAAUAGCGAACGACCGUCGAUCAUCGACAUCUUGGUUGAAGACGAGUCUCCCUCGGAACUCUACGACAAAACAGUUGGAGGAAGAAUCAUUCGACGGACAACGUUCGCCGUACUCUGCGUUAAAUACAACCCCGGAAGAAGCAAUAAAUAAUACCGUGACUGAACUACGGCCGUAUGCUGCUCACAAUUCAUCGAAACAAAUACACGCUGAGAUGAACAAUUCCGUGGAUACGUCGAUAAAGAAUUCCUCAACAGCUGACCAAACGGGCACGGAGAUCACUGCUCAGAAUACUGAUUCGAGUCAAGAAUUGAACGAUAGUUCGUUUUGGGCAUUGCAAACGCCGAAUGCAGCAAAAGUGAUAUUGAAGCGUGCAGGCUAUUAUACUAUUCCGCCAUUGGACAAAUUGGAGGAUUACGUUCGCGGAGAAACUUGCGUCGUCCCAAACUUCACAGUUGGACGAGAGGGUUACGGAAAUGUAUAUUUUCCUGAUUCGUUCGAUAUCUAUGGACUGAAUUUGGAUGAAAUCGUACAUUUUCGACACAAGGAGGUCAUCAUUUAUCCGGAUGACGAGAAGAAGCCACCGGUAGGUCAGGGAUUAAAUAGAAAAGCGCAAGUGACUUUGGACAGGGUAUGGCCGCACGAUAAAUCUUUACACAAACCUAUAACCGACCCUCAUCGACUGGCUGCAAUGGAUUACGAAGAAAAAUUACGACGAGUAUCCGCGAAACACGAUACCAGAUUUCUUGAAUAUCGCCCUGAAACUGGUUCAUGGGUCUUCAAGGUCGAGCAUUUUUCAAAAUACGGUUUGAGCGAUUCGGACGAAGACGACAGUAACAAUGCACCUUCAACGAACGAUCCGAAGAGAUUGAAGUUAUCUGCUAUGUCUCAACAGAAAGCUUCAAACAAACUUGUACAAUCGAAUCGUCAGCCGGAGAAUAGAGUAAUCGGAAACGGUGUAAAUGGCGUGACCUACGAUUCGAAAAUGUACGAGGGAAAAUCUCCCUCGAGGAUAUCGUUUUACGGAAAAUCUUCGAUUAACGAUCAUGAUCGCAAGAAACAAUCACCAGUUAGUCCAACAGGUGACAACGCUCGAAUUUUGGGCACGGACAGUCAUAAAUUACAACUGAUGAAAGCCAGUUUCUUUGAUGGCAGUGACAAUGAGAUGAAUGAAGUAUACGAACAAGAUUUGACUCGUACCUUACUUCUUCCUGGUCAGAAAAAUUCUGUCGCACGAUGUUAUUUCGAUACCAUUGAAUCUGUGGACGAGGAACAUAGGCGAAAGAUGACUUAUAGUCCGAUACUACGAUCAAACAUGACGGUCCACCAUACACCAGCCAUCGUCUACGAUGAACCGCCGAUACUUUCUAAAACAGAUACUAAAUCAAAAUCAUCUAUGGAUGUCGUUGCUACAAAGUCGUCAAUCUACGGAAAAAGUUUCCCAGACCCUAUUGUGAUGCCAGUAACCGCGAUUCUGAAAUGGCAUUCUGAAGUGAUACCGCUAUCGAAAUCCAUUAUAAACAAGUUACAGUCCCGUUCAGUUGCAGAUGCUGGUAUACAAAUGGGAAGAAUGUUUCGACCCAGUUGGGGACGCGGUUUAACACUGCUGACGCUGAGCACACGAGGCCAAGCCGACGACGUACCGCUGCAUAGUUCGUUCGAAUACAUUGGAUCGUACGUGAAUGGUCGUCGUCCCGAAGAUACAACGUCCGUUACGAUCGUUCAGCGGAUACAAAUUUUGGGUGACGGUAACGGGGUCGAAGAAGAUCGCAUCGAAUCUUUCGAGAGAAGCAUAGAGGGUCACCUGAAGAUUCAAUUGUCACACCGUAUAAUGGAUCAAGAGGGAGACUGUCCAAUUUUCGAGGUGGAUACAGAUAUUAACAAAGCGAGCAUGGCUUUGCACGCGCACUGCAGUUUAGCCGAAGAAUUCGUCGAACAGUUUUCUGCCGAUAGUUCGGCCGCGUAUGUUGCUAAUGUUUGGCAACUUUGCGUGGCCCUAUGGGGAACUCUACCCGACGUGAACGUUCUCACCGCAAAUCCAGCCGAUCACAAUAUCGUGGUGGCUCGACGUGAAGCCAUAGGCGAAUGGUUGAAGAGCGUUAUACAAAGAUCACUCGAAACGGAGAUAACAAAGACCAGUAAUGAGAAGAGAAUAUUGGACUUAUUGUCCGCUUCUGAAUUACAAGGCGCUUGUGAAAUCGCGCGAGAAGCAGGCGAUCAUUGUCUGGCAUUACUUAUGGCGCAAUUACGUAGCGGUAUGCCAACGAAAGCUUUGAUAAAGCAGCAAAUCGCAUUAUGGCAAGACUCUGGUGUUGACGAAAACAUAUCGACGGAUCGGUUGAAAUUGUUCGCAUUAGUGGCAGGUGAACCACUAGUAUCUAGUAAACAUGGUCUCAUCAACGUUUGUGAGGAUCUUGAUUGGAAAAGAGCGUUAGCCGUUCAUCUAUGGUAUUUUUCGUCUCCAGUCGCCUCCAUCAGAGACACGUUGGAGCUUUACGAAUCCGCGUUCGACACAAGUAAAGCAACGUAUGCUUAUGCCGCAGCCCCUAUACCCGAAUACAAAGGGGCAAGCGAUUACGAGUUCGAGGUAAACAACGGACAGACUAUAUACGAUCUGUGCUAUCAUCUACUGAAAUUAUUCUGUAUCGGUAAUCACACGCUGGGAGAACUUUUGAAUCCUGCUGCGCAUACCGCCGAUCCUCUCGAUUAUAGGCUCAGUUGGUUGAUGCAACAAGUACUGUUAGCGUUGGGUUAUUCCCAUCUCUCUGAACACGUGGCCGCGUUAACGCACAUCAAUUUUGCCACGCAAUUAGAAGCAUACGGUCUUUGGCACUGGGCCAUAUUCGUGAUGCUACAUUUAAAGGACGCUGGAAAAAGGAAAGAAGCGGUAAAAAAUUUGUUACAACGACACACUGAAAUCGACAAUAUACCUGAUUAUAUCGAGCGAGAAAAAUUUUUGAGAGAAGAACUCGGCAUACCUUCGGUUUGGAUUCAUGAAGCGAAAGCUGUGAAAAGUUAUGUGGCCAAAAGAUACGGAGAGGCUGCGUCCUAUUUCAUCGAGGCGGAACAGUGGAAUACCGCGCACGAAAUUAUUAUCGAACAUCUCGCCGCGGAUGCUAUAAUAAAUGAAAAUUACGAGUACCUACGCGACCUGCUGAGUCCGUUGAUUCCUCCAGAAUGCAGCAGUGCUAUAAGCGGUUGGUCUUAUCAAGGAGAUUUACUUUGGGAAUACAUGGAAAUAACUAUGGAUAUUGAAUCAUUGUUGCGAGGCGCCGAUCCUCAUGAAAUCACCUACAAAUUAGAACUGUUGAGACCGCGAUUGACAUGUUUGUGUUUGAAGAUUAAUCAAUUUCCGUGUCCGACCGCAAAGCAUAGACUCUGCCAAGCAGAAAUUGCAAAAAGAACGUUGCAUCUAGCCAGAAGCUUGUUGCAGGCAAACGAAAACAAAUCUACCGUAAUACUUCAACUGGUGUUGCAGUUGCCGUUGCCCGAAGAUUAUGCUCAACAGGAACUUCGCCCUAUUGUCAAUAUGCGGGUGAACGAAAUUAUAUCGCAGGCAGUGUAAUCAUUAUCGAGGAAGUACACAACAUGGGACUCUUACUCCUCUUUCCUUUCUCCUAUCCUCUACCUCCUCUACCUCUUCUUACCUCUCUCCCUCUUCAUCAUCCUCUUACUUUGCCUCCCUUCCACCCACUGUUAAAAAGAAUCUUUGUGGUUUUUACUUUGUACAAUUGUAACGACAACAACGAUGGCAAUAUCGUUUACAUCAGCAGCUGAACCAUACCAAUAAUGGAAAUCACGACAUAAGGAAUGAAUAUAUACGAUACAAUUGAAAAUAGAGAGAAAACUGUGACAGUAACAGUAAACAUUAAUCGCGAUAAAUCGUACAAUACCGAAAGUUGAUAAGUUCUAUAAAUAAGGAUGUUUGCGUUAAAUUGUUACUUUAAAUAUUCUAUAUCAAUUUUUUAAAUAAAUAAAUGAGAUUUGGAAAAGUA